AUAGAAAUCCUUCGUGUAUAUCGUGUAGUAUUGCUGUAGCAUCCACAUUCAUGAGUUCUAGAAGACAAGGAAUCUCCCACAAAUUUUCUCUAGGUGAAUCAGAAGUAGCUUGUGAAAGAAAGUUACAGAGCAGGGUUGUUGCAGUUUCACACACAGACCAAAUGAGUCCUAAAAGGAACACAUGGAAGUCUGUGAUCUUGAUCUUAGGUUGUUACAAGGUUAAGUGUCCCCUGGAGGAAUCAGAAAAACAGGUUUUGAAACAAGGAUCUUUCCAGAGGCUGUGUCUAUCUGAUGUGAGCAAUUCAAGCUCCACUCAGGCCAUUGAAGAUCUUUCAAUUUCCUUUGCUGGGUCCAAACUUUAUGCAUUCACACUUGAGGAGCUAAGGGAAGCAACAAACAGUUUCUCAUGGAGUAAUAUGCUAGGAGAAGGAGGGUUUGGACCUGUGUACAAGGGUUUUGUGGAUGACAAACUUAGGCCUGGUUUGAAGGCUCAGACUGUUGCUGUGAAAAGGUUGGACUUGGAUGGCUUGCAGGGUCACAGGGAGUGGCUGGCAGAGAUUAUAUUUCUUGGACAGCUAAGGCAUCCACAUCUUGUCAAGUUAAUUGGGUACUGUUAUGAGGAUGAACACAGACUGUUGAUGUAUGAAUACAUGCCAAGAGGCAGCUUGGAGAAUCAACUCUUCAGAAAAUACUCUGCUGCUAUGCCAUGGUCAACCAGGAUGAAAAUUGCAUUAGGAGCUGCCAAAGGUCUGGUCUUCCUUCAUGAAUCAGAUAAGCCUGUAAUAUACCGCGAUUUCAAAGCUUCAAACAUUUUACUAGACUCGGAUUUCACAGCUAAACUCUCAGACUUUGGUCUAGCCAAGGAUGGCCCUGAAGGGGAAGACACAUAUGUAACAACACGCAUAAUGGGAACACAAGGAUAUGCUGCUCCUGAGUACAUAAUGACAGGUCACCUUACAACCAAGAGUGAUGUGUAUAGCUAUGGAGUGGUGCUGUUGGAAUUGCUUACAGGAAGACGAGUAGUGGAUAAGUCUCGGUCGAAUGGUGGGAAGAGCUUAGUGGAAUGGGCAAGGCCUUUGCUGAGAGAUCAGAAAAAACUUUAUAGCAUCAUAGAUUGUAGACUAGAAGGACAAUUUCCCAUGAAAGGAGCCAUGAAAGUUGCUAUGUUGGCUUUCAAAUGCUUGAGUCCUCACCCAAAUGCAAGGCCAACUAUGAGUGAUGUGGUGAAGGUGUUGGAGCCACUUCAGGACUUUGAUGAUGUUUUCAUUGGACCCUUUGUGUAUGUUGCCGUUAGUGAAAAUGGUAACAAACAUAAAAUAUAGCAGCUGAUAGCACUCCUCAGCAA